GUGUGAUGACUGGAUGAGGUUACUUAUGUACACGUUUUUCGAUUAAUUGCCUAUGUUUGAUUAACAAAUAAUGAUAUUAUUUCAACGUUACAUGCCGGAAAUCAUUGCUUAAAGUUCUUGUAGAUUUAGUGUACUUCAAAACUUUGUACGAAAAUGUCAAAACGGAAAGGAGUCAGUGCUGAAGAGAAAAGGACACGCAUGCUACAAUUAUUCUAUGAGAAAAAAGAGUUUUUCUCUCUGAAGGAAUUAGAAAAGAUUGCUCCAAAAGAAAAAGGAAUAAUUGCCCAGUCAGUCAAAGAUGUUGUUCAAAGUUUAGUUGACGAUGGUUUGGUGGACACAGACAAAAUCGGUACUUCAAUAUAUUUCUGGUCAUUCCCAAGCAAAGCUAAACACACAAGAAAAAGGAAACUGGCUGAUGCAUCUGAGAAGCUAGAAGGAGCUGUGAAGCGACUUAAAGUCGCAAAAGACAGUAUAAUAGAUGCCAAGGUUGGACGAGAAGACACAAGUGCCAGGCAGGAGUUGAUUAAAAAGAUUGAACUAUUGAAAGGAGAAGAGAACAAGCUGAUUUUAGAAAUACAAAAGUAUAAAGACUCCGAUCCAGAGGUGUUGGAGCAGAUGAAAACUGACAUCAAGGCUCUAAAGGAAGCAAUCAACAGAUGGACGGAUAACAUUUUUCAACUAAAGUCAUGGUGCAAAGAAAAAUUUAGUAUAGAAGAAACAACCCUAAACAAGUCAUUUGGUAUUCCAGCAGACCUCGAUUACCUUGAUUGAGUUAAUUGUAAAAAAUGUCAAACCAAGUAGAGUCAAUAAGUUCCUAGUGUUGACAGUAAGAUGUAAAUUGUGUUAAGGUUUUUGUUAUGUUUGUUUGUUCCUCGUGUGGUCAAUAAAAGUUGCUUGUAAGAUCAAAUAAAAAAGUUUGAGUGUU